AUGGCCUCAAAAACUUCAGCAGGGAGGGUGCAAGAUGAAGCCGUAUGUCCUAUCUGCCUGGAGUACCUGACGGAGCCUGUGACUCUAGACUGUGGGCACAACUUCUGCCUCGCCUGCAUCACUAAGCACAGUGAGACAUGUACAGAGGGGGACUAUGACCCUUUGUGCUGCCCCAGCUGCAGAGCCCAGAUCCGGAGACAGAAUUUCCAGCUGAACUGGCAGCUGGCAAAUAGAGUAGAGCAAGUUAAACACUUACAUGUUGAAGCAGAGAGAGAACAGAAAGUGAAUCUAUGCGCAAUACACAAGGAAGAGCUGAAGUUGUUCUGUGAGGAUGACAGAGAAGCCAUUUGUGUGAUCUGCAGAGAGUCCAAGGAACACAGAGUUCACACUGUGGUUCCCAUAGAGGAUUCUGCCCAGGAGGACAAGGAGGACAGCAGCAUCUUGAGCAGGCGUGUGGAGGUGAAGCUCCAGCACCAAGUGGAGAUUUCUCCUGAACUGUCUGAGAGCCUUAAUACUUAUAACCAAAGUGAUGCUCUAAUGGAGACUCAGAGGAAAUUCAAAGAGAAAAAAAUAUUUCAAUCUAUGGGACCAGAUGAGAAAGUGAAUGUGACUCUGGAUCCAGACACGGCUCAUCCCCGACUAGUCCUCUCUGAGGAUCAGAAAAGUGUGAGAUGGGGAUUCACACGGCAGAAUCUGCCCAACAAUCUGGAGAGAUUUGACAAUGAUCCCUUUGUGCUAGGUUGUGAGGGAUUCACCUCAGGGAGACAUUGCUGGGAGGUGGAGGUGGGGGAAGCAAGAAGCUGGGUUUUGGGGGUUGCCAGAGAGUCUGUGAGCAGGAAGGGAAGGAUCAGUGUUAGCCCUGAGCAGGGCUUCUGGGCUUUGCGGCGGAGCGGGGCAGGGUGGUUGGUGGCUUACACUUCCCCUGAGGGGACCCACCUCCCUUUUGCUGAUAAACCCAGGAGGAUUCGGGUCUCUCUGGACUACGAACGAGGGCAGGUGACAUUUUUUGAUGUUGAUAAUGAGGCCCUGAUCUUCACUUUCCCACCGGCCUCUUUCUCUGGGGACAAAAUCCGCCCUUUUUUCUCAGUUGGGGAAAGAGGAAUAUACACAUCUUUCUCAUACCUGUGUGGGCCAUCCCAUAUCACAGUGUGUCCCUGA